AUGUCAGAGCCAUUGGAUGAGCCAGAUGUCUCGAUUGCCGACGUACGACACCCCUUGCUGCAAGCUGGCAGCGAACGGCGACUGUCAAAUGCAAGCGAGGACAGUAUAGAUGAUCUACCGGACAGCGCCGACGAGAAGCCAGCCGAAGCAGCGCCAGCCUCGACUUUACAAGCCAGGCCAUCGCCCAAGACGAAGCGGCGGCGGGUAUGGGCUCUGAUCGGCGUUGGACUGCUGUUUGUUCUUGGAGGAUCUAUCGUCGCUUUGAGUAGCAGUCACGACCCCAACACUUACGGCCACUCCGUCCUCGACAGUGUCGUCGGUGGUCUGCGCAAUCUCACUAGUAGCACCACAUGUGUGAGCUCGAUAGACACUCUAGCCGCUGAACGGAUGGCCAACGCGACCGCACUCAUCGCUAUGCCACCCUGGGGGCAUCCCAAGCUGGCCUUCCAUCGAGACACUCUGGCGACGCUCAUAUUGUGCAAGACACUGGGCACAUGCACGGAUAAGCAGAAGCAGGUCGUCCUGGUUGUAGCUCAUCGCUUCCAUUGGGUCUGGGACGAUACCUUUAAUCGACCAUCUGAAUUUGCCAACGGUGAAGCGAUAUUGGCGAAGUCGAUGGUGGAGGGCUUGGCAAAGCUCGGCUAUCCAUUGGUCUUUCUGGACGAGGUAGACCUGUAUCGCGCCGGCCGCGUCCAUGCGCUCCUCACCGACCACGUCAAGAUGGUUGUGUUUGAUUACAUAUCCAUGCCGCUUUGUCGCGAACACGAACGAUGCGGCAAGACGGCGAGCUUUCCUGAAGGCAUACCCGCAUGGAAGCAAUUCCAAUGGGAUGGUCUCGUCGGCAUCGAGCCCGGCCGUCUGUGGCGGCAGCCUUGGCAUCUCUCAGGCAUACCUCAUCCUGAGAUCAAUGCGACCUAUCUCGGAUUCUCCGCCGAACUUGACUGCAGACCGAUACCUUACAUUCCAGCACAAGAGAGACCGAGAACAGCUUGGAUAUUGGGCAAAGAGCGACAGUUCUAUCAGCCAGACAAGUCUGCGUGGACAGAGGAGGAUUUUGCUGCCGUCGUCGAUCAUUCGAGUCUCGAGCUGCUCGCUGGUAUCCAAUAUGAGCCUGCCGAGCUGCCAAUACCUUCGACUUUCUCCAACAUGGGCACGCUGAGCAGAUUGGACUUUAUGCAGCAGCUUUCAAAAACGAGAGUGAUCAUUGGCACGAACAACCCACCGGAAUCUCCUUCGCCUAUAGAAGGCCUAUGCCUCGGCACGCCUUUCAUCAUGCCCGUCAGCGCUGAUCUUCACGUGCCUCAACACCGACUUUUGGCGCAGUUCAAGCCACCGGCAGUCUACACUGUCAAUGCCGGUGAUCGCCAAGCUUUGCUGGAUGCGGUCCAGCAAGCUAUUGCACAUCCGCUCGACGGCCCAUUCAUCCCAGAAAGUCUGUCCUGGUCAGCCUAUCUCGAUCGGUUGCAGUCUAUCAUGUCACGAGAUUGGCAGCAAGUCCAUCAAGAUCUGGCGCCGCCUGAAGACCUCGCACUGGAUGGCUAUCUGCCAGGCUGGGACAACAAUUAA